GUUUGCUGCCUUCUGCAAGAACCCACCAUGUCGGAUUUGAUCAUCAACCUGGACUUGGGCCUCCAGCAGGCUCCCAAGAGGGGAACGGACAGCAACCAGAAACACCAGCGCUUUGUGAAACGGCGCCGUUUCCUGGAGAGGAGGGGUUUUCUGAAGCAGAAGCAGCUGCCGCCGCCCCAGCAUCAUCCCCCCAAAGGCCAGGUCUCCCAUCAGGACUCCCGCUCCUGGGAGAGGACCAAGAAGAAGUGGCUCGCCGAGGAUCAGAACUCUUUCCAGACAGAUGGGCUUUCCCAUCAGCCAAAAACCUUCCCCAAGGCAAAUAACCAUUGUUGCUUUGACCAGCCCAGCGCCACCACGGACUCUGGCUCCCCUCUGCCUUGUUUUCCAUCAGGAGCGAGGAAGGUGACGUGCAGAUCAGCAAAGGCCAGUGGGACCCCUGGGAACCACAGCGCCCAGCCCCUCGCUGGGGUGCAGAAACCCAGCCUGCUGAGCGAGUAUGCCAGCGGCCUGCCCCCAGUGCCCCGACCGGGCAAGCCCAGCAAAGUGGUGGCCAUCGACUGCGAGAUGGUGGGCACGGGCCCUGGCGGCCGGAUCAGCGACCUGGCCAGGUGCAGCAUUGUGAGUUACCAUGGCGACGUGGUGUAUGACAAGUACAUCCGGCCUGUCGACCCCAUCACCGAUUACCGCACCCGGUGGAGCGGCAUCAAAAAACAUCACAUGAAGAACGCCACCCCGUUCAAAACGGCCCAGAAAGAGAUCCUGAAGCUCCUAGCGGGGAAGAUCGUGGUCGGCCACGCCAUCCACAACGACUUCAAGGCGCUGAAGUAUUUCCACCCGAAAUCGGUGACCAGGGACACGUCAAAAAUCCCCCUGCUGAACCGCAAGGCCGGCUUCCCGGAGCACGAGUCGGCCUCGCUGAAACGCCUCACCAAGCAGCUACUGCACAAAGACAUCCAGGUCGGCAAAAACGGCCACUCCUCAGUGGAAGACGCCAAAGCCACCAUGGAGCUGUACCGGGUGAUCGAAGCCGAGUGGGAGAGGCAGCUGGCGCUGAACCCUGAGCAGGAGUGA